GCUGCUGUGAAGAGCAAAGAAAGCCAUCUUUGUUCUUAUCAAAACGUGGUGACCUUGAGGAAUAUCAUAGUACUUUGAAAUAUACAAGAUUCGUGAUAAUGUCAACAUUUGGGGGUGCGAAUGAUUUCAAAACACAGUCCAUCGCUUCACAUCGGCGCAGUCGGGCGCGUUUUUUUCGUUUGCGUACAGAGAAUUUGAUAGUGCAGAAUCAUGGCAGUCAACAAAGACGAACUACAUGCGCCCUCGUGGAUGACGGAGGCGUUUUUCGAAAAGGUUCUGCGCCAAUCGGAAGCCGACCAGACGAUAACGGUGGCCAGCUGCAAGAUGGUUCCCGGAACCAAACCGGGAGAUCACUUUGCCAGCAUCAUCUUCCGGGCCACCGUUGAGUAUCGAAGCCAUGGCAAGGAUCGUACCGUAUCGUUGAUCGUAAAAACGAUGCCGGUUGAGGAGGGCAUGAAGAAAGACAUGCUGAGUGGGACAUUGUUCGAAACGGAAACGAUAAUGUUUGGAACGGUACUGCCGGAAAUGCACCGGGUGCUCCGGUCCGUCGGCGACAACACGGAACUGGGACCGAGAUUGCUAUAUUCGGUGAAGGAACCACACGUCGUGAUGGUAUUUGAGGACAUUGCCGCAAGAAAUUACAUAAUGAAGUACAGCCAGCUGGACUUGUCGGAUGCCAAGCUGGUUUAUGCCAAACUGGCCCGUUGGCAUGCCGCCUCCCUCUUCCUGGAAGAUUCGUGCCCUGCCAUCAAGAAGCUCGAUGUUGGAUUCGGUAACUACGAAAGUGGAAAAUUUCUGUUCAUCUGGACCGAGCAGCUUGGAAAGCUGAUCAAAGUUAUUGCGGAAUGGAAAGGCUUCGAAUCGUACAGUGAACGGUUGGACAAUAUCAAAGAACAGCUUAUGAAAAAGCUGUUCGAAAUUUACACAUCCAGAGACCGUUCGAUCUACAACGUGCUCAACCAUGGGGAUCUUCACUUCAAGAAUAUGAUGUACCAGAUCGAGGAAGGCAAAACAAAGGAUAUCCUUCUGCUCGAUUACCAGCUAAGUAUCUGGGGAUCUCCGGCAAUCGAUAUCAUCUACUCGCUAUAUAACACCUGUUCAAUUGAAACGAGAGACAACCAUCGUAAUGAGCUUAUAAAAUUCUACCACGACGAGUUUGUAUCCGUACUAAACUGCUUGGGAUAUCUUAAGAAAAUCCCCUCGUUGCUGGAUUUGCACAUUGAAAUUACCAAGUGUGGGCAUUUGGAAACAUUCCUGGCGUGCAUCUUUAUGCCAUUCAUGUUGCUUUCGUUCGAUGAUUAUGGGUCGAAACCGGAAGCCAAAGAAGAAAUCAAGGAAGAUGGUGAAGAUAAAAAGGAUGAAGUUUUCGAUUACGCCGAUAAGCAGAAGAUGGAGGACAUGAUUUUCGGAGCCUAUCGCCAUCCGAAGUUUGUUGAAACUUUGAAAAAAUAUUUGCCAAUGUAUUUGCACCGAGGUUUACUGGAUUUGUAAAUUUGUAAAAUUGGACGCUGAAACCUCGAUUAUUGCAUUCCAAUAAUGGUUACCUACAUAUCUAACUCAGCGAUACUUUAGGCUUGUUGUACUUUAUAUUGUGUUUCGGAGAACUUA